AUGGUUCAGCAUGAGAAUCCCAUGCAGUCUAGGGAUUGCUAUGGCCGUGAGUCAUGGCCCAAUACCGCGGAGAGAUCAUUCGAUUGCAGCCAACCUUCCUUGAGCGAAGCUCGACUCACACCAAUUAUACCACACCGCCCUCACCCUCACGAACUAGCUCUUACUGUCGAGGAAGCAUUGAGAUCCUGCGCUCGUAUUCCAGUAAAAGAGUUUGCCGUCAUCGCCAUUCUUGACGAUGGAAGGGAAGUAAACUACACCUCCCAAACUCUGAAGAAUUUUCAACCGAGAAUAUUCUCGCCACACUUGAAGAAUGAUUUUCACAAAUCUGUACAAAGAGCUGCUCUGGAUGCCUCAUUCUCAAAUUCAUCAUCCUAUAGUCAAGAGAGCGGAUACAGUGACUUUAGCAUGGAUAACGCACCAGGUAUGAGGAGACUUACCGGAAACGCUUCAAGUUCUGGAAAGAGGCGCCGACACCGUCAGCUUCGACAAAGUUCAGAGGAUUCUGACGAUGAUGAUUCGACAGGAUCGAAAAAGACUAAGAGAUAUCAUCAUCAAUAUGAUGACUCAAGUGAAGAUACACCAAGUCCCAUCGUAGAGAGGAAGACAAUGUUAUUGAGAAUAGGUGACGAGGAAGAGGUUACGAAAUUCUACAGUUGCCGUUUCAAGGAUAUGCAACAAGCCUCUUGUAAGGUUAUGGGAAAAGCUUUUGUAAAGCUCGUUGAGCCUAGAAAGCAGACACAUUACCCAUAUACCAAGGGUGCUGAUAAAGCCCCACCGUGGUGGCCAGCUACAAGUGGAGAUUUGUCAGUUCGCCACAGAGAACCAGAUCACCUUUUGAAACCUGAGCGAAUACGUUUGUUGGUACAUAUUUUGAGAAUGAUUAUCGAGCCAUAUCACAAGCAAUGUUCCUCAGUUCAGAAGCUAAAUCUCAACGUCAAGAAACUGGAAGAAGUUACGAUGGAAGCUAUGUCGAAUUGGUUUACGGAAAAGGAUCAUCCCGAGAAUUCUGCCAAGAAGCCUUUUUUGAAGGAGAUAUUCAAGGUUGCUCGAAUGGAGGAGCAGUACAAAAAUGGCGAGCGAGACCCUGAUACUUAUAUUUCGGUAAUGUAUGGUGAUAGAAACGGCGCGGAAAUUUCAGACGACGAACCAGAUGAGGGCAUGAAGCUUGAAGACGAUGAUUUACAACCUCAAGAAAUAGAAGCCUCGCCAAUGAUGUUAACUCCGCAUAGCUCGGUCUCGCCGUCAAUCAUUCAAAUUCAGCAAGCACAACAAGGAACAUCGUCUAAUCAGCAGAGAGAACAUGAUAAUGUGUAUGCACCAGCUCGACACGCCUCGGUUCGAUACAAUCCACAACAGGAAGAUCAUAUACACAACUCCUCUUACAUUCAUACCACUACUGGAUAUAUACCUCGCGUUAGCUUCAAUGAUCCUAGUAGCUCAAGCCUACAAGACCAACCUCAACGUUCCAUGUCCACUUCCAUGUCUCCAGCUCAAUACCAGAACUCACAACAAGCAAAUGUGAGCUGGACAUCAUCUUUCUUCAGUAAUCCAUCUCCGGCCUCAAGCUUUUACACAACAUCACCACAAUCUCAAUCGUUCACAUCCAAUUCCCCACAACCUUUCUCCUCCAAUUCGUAUCAACUUCCCCCGCCCAACUCUCAAUCCAUGUUACCAUCGCAUCCUAUUGGCCACAGUGUCCAAAGCAGCUACGAUGGACUGCCACAUAGAUCUCAAUACGACACAACUCCUCAAAUAGGAAGUCAGCUUCGAACAGGAAGUCUCGGUCAUCCACAUCAACUCCCCACCCAUCAACAUCAUGGCGGAUUCGAUUUUCUCGACAGUAAUAAUUAUGGCCAUCAUGAUGCAGAUCUCAAACCCGAUCCGAGUAUUCAUCAGGGUUAA